AUGGGUCGAGAUCCGACACCAAGUGAGUUACAUUUGCAUGUUCACACACAUGGUCAUGAUGAAAAAUCUUUCGUUGAUGAACGUUCCCGAAUCGUCCAUGAAAGAUUUGAAGAAAUAUUGCGAGAAAAAACAUUAUCAGAAUCUGUUAUUGAUCAAAUUGAAGCAUAUUACCAAGCUGCAGGAGGAGAAAAGAAGCGAAGGGUAUUUGAUCUUAGAUCUGAAGUCAAAGGCUAUUAUGGACAAACUCUUUGUGUUUCUUGUGGAAAGACUUCAUCUUCAGCUUCACAUGAAUCGGUACCAGCUGCAGAUUCAGAUUUGGAUGAGUUUGUGAAGCGAUUGAUUUCCGUACUUAAAAAUGAAUUUAUUCUUAUUGUCAUUGAGGAGGUACAGAAGUUGGUUUCUUCACCAUCAGUUGUGAAACCUCCGGCUGCUACUUUGGACGAUCUUGAUUCCUUAGAUGAUGAUUGCAAUGAACUUGAUCAGUUUGAUACUUUUGAUGAUUAG